UGAUUAGCUGGAUCAGGUGUGUUUAUUUGCAUCUUAAUGCUGCAGGGAUCUGGCUCUCCAGGAACUGAGUUCGACACCCCUGCUCCAAGACCUGAAAUGGCCUUGAUGUUGGGUUGCAAAGCCAAUGUCAAAUCUAGGUUUUCACAUCACUGACCGAGCACAAGAGGUGAUGGAUGGGCCAGUAGAUGGCACCAAGCUCAUUCUGAGACUCAAGCCAGAUCUCCUGGAAGCUCUGACGGGAGAUCCAGACUUUCUGCUUCAGCAUUGCCAUGCCAGUGGCAUACUGUCCAACAAUGAGUACAACAACAUCAAAGACAUGAACAUGCGUUCAAGGCAGGUACGGGACAUCUUGGAUUAUGUUAUUCACAAAGACAACAAGCAUGCUCUGAAAUUCCUGAAGUUGCUGAAAACACAAGACAUGCAAGAGACAUUUCCUAAACUACAGUUCCUUCAAAAGCUGCAAAUCAACAAACGCAAGACACCAAAAAACACAGAGACGACAGCAAAAAGACGGCAGGAGAUGUUGGAAAACAAUGUAUGGCAGGAGCAGCAGCAUAUCAUCAGCACUAGGAUGGUGAGCGAGAGGGAGAUGAUGAUGGUGGCCGGCUGCAUCGGGAACAGCUGGAGGGAGGUGGGCAUUCUGGCACUGGAUAUGAACACCACCACUCUUCAGCAGAUAGAGGAGGACAACAGCCAACACAAAAUGCGGGUUUUCACCAUGCUGCGAAAAUGGAGCAUACGUGAGAGGGAACAAGCCACCGCAGCUCGCCUCCAUUCCCUACUAACCCAAGAGGACAGCGGCAUAGACGCUCUGAAAAUCAACUUCCUGUUGGACAACAACUGAGGCUGCUAGGAGGACUUAAGAGUGAUGCAGGCAUGGUGUCACAACCUUCUCUACAGGGUUUUAUCUAGGGCUUUUACAUUUGUAAAACAAGUUCUGUGGUAAACAUAAAUUGCCAAUACUUGACACUUAAGCAGUUAUAAUAUUUUUUUUUAAAUGUAUGUUCCACUUCUGUAUGAAUUUCUUUUGCUGAACACAAAAAAACGUAUUUUGAAGAAAGUUGGUAACAAAACUAUGGAAGUCAAUGGCUACCGUCAACUGCUU